CGCCACCGGCUCCGCUCAGACGCCCAGGUAGGGGGUGGACGGGGCUGGCACUGCCCAGCCCCAGGACCCAUGCCCAGCCUCAACCUGGGAGCCUCCCAGGAUCCCAGACCUGACUGAGCAGCGGGCAGCGCCGGGAUGUCCCCGCAGGAUGCAGCAAUCUGGGCGUUACAGGUGUCCCCGCGAGCCGGCUUGCCCCGCCCCCCGCUGCAAGGCUCUCCCAGCAUCUCGGGCUGUGGGUGAGGAGGAGAGAGGCAGGGGUCGCCGGCUGCCUCUCCAGUUCACGGUUCUUUAGCCAGAGAAAGCAGGUGCCCUUGAGGCAGGGUCCGCAGAGCGGGGAUAUGCCCGUCCAGAGGUGAGGACACGCCCCCGGGGCUUGGCCGCGCCCUGGUGAAGGCCUCUCCCUUCCAGCCGCUCCCUGUCUGUCCUCAAGAGCCAGAGCCCCCUCCUGGCCUUAUUCCCACGCCUGUGCCUGCCCCUCCCCUGCCACUCGUGCCCAGCCCUGCAGGGCAGUCCUGGUCCUUUGCAGCUGCAGCCACAACAGCAAACCGGCCAGAACCCCGACCGCUGCUCCCGGCUCAGCUGCUCCCACUCUGCCCUUUCCCGGGGGGCACAGAGGGCGGGGGCGGAAGGGACACCCCCUCCAGAAGCCCCUCCUUCCAGGUCUGCGAUUGGAGUGGUGGCAGUGCUGAAGACAACAUGCCUCCUGAGCCAGGGCCCCUGAGCAGCCCCAAAAGGCUGGGCAUUCGAAUCUCGUCCCUUUGGGGUGGGGGGGGGCACAGGUGCUUUCCAAGGGGCUGAGGAAAUAACUGCCCAAUAACUGCCCCCUACUGCCACGGGGCCCUCCCACCCCCCCCCCAGGGGCUUGCGGGGGUCAAGGCUUGGCCCUCUGGGGUCUGGUCUGCCAGGGAAGGGGGAGCAGGGUAAGCUUUGAGCUCAGCCACCUGCCCCCACCCCUGCCAGUCUCACCCCAACCUUUGUCCAGAGACUGCGGCCAAGCAGGAACGCGUCCUCCCCUAUGUCACUGUCCUCACAGCAGCCCAGCUGGGUAAUGGACGAGGACUGAGGGCCCCCAUCCUGUGGGUGGAGAGGAAGAUGACUCUGUGGGCCAUUCAGGUGGUCGUGGCCAUCAUCAGCUUCCUGGAGACCAUACUUCUCAUUUACCUCAGCUACAAGGGCAACAUCUGGGAGCAGGUCUUGCGCGUGUCCUUCGUCCUGGAAAUGGUCAACACGCUGCCCUUCAUCAUCACGAUAUUCUGGGCGCCGCUGCGCAACCUCUUCAUCCCUGUCUUUCUCAACUGCUGGCUCGCCAAGCACGCCCUGGAGAACAUGAUCAACGACUUCCACCGCGCCAUCCUGCGCACGCAGUCGGCUAUGUUCAACCAGGUGCUCAUCCUCUUCUGCACGCUGCUGUGCCUGGUCUUCACGGGCCCCUUCCCUGCGUCCAGGACCUGCGGCAUCCAGCACCUGGAGCGUGCAGGCGACAACCUGUCUCUCCUGACGUCCUUCUACUUCUGCAUCGUCACCUUCUCCACCGUGGGCUACGGGGACGUGACGCCCAAGAUCUGGCCGUCCCAGCUGCUCGUCGUCAUCAUGAUCUGCGUGGCCCUCGUGGUGCUCCCGCUGCAGUUUGAGGAGCUUGUCUACCUGUGGAUGGAGCGACAGAAGUCGGGGGGCAACUACAGCCGCCACCGGGCCCAGACGGAGAAGCACGUGAUCCUGUGCGUCAGCUCCCUCAAGAUCGACCUGCUCAUGGACUUUCUGAACGAGUUCUACGCCCACCCGAGGCUGCAGGACUAUUACGUGGUCAUCCUGUGCCCCACCGAGAUGGACAUCCAGGUGCGCAGGGUCCUGCAGAUCCCCCUGUGGUCCCAGCGGGUCAUCUACCUCCAGGGCUCCGCACUCAAGGACCAGGACCUCAUGCGGGCCAAGAUGGACAACGGGGAGGCCUGCUUUAUCCUCAGCAGCCGGAAUGAGGUGGACCGCACCGCGGCGGACCACCAGACCAUCCUGCGUGCCUGGGCUGUGAAGGACUUUGCCCCCAACUGCCCCCUCUACGUCCAGAUCCUCAAGCCCGAGAACAAGUUUCAUGUCAAGUUUGCAGACCACGUGGUGUGUGAGGAGGAGUGCAAGUUCGCCAUGCUGGCCCUGAACUGCAUCUGCCCGGCCACAUCCACCCUCAUCACCCUGCUGGUGCACACGUCGCGUGGCCAGGAAGGCCAGGAGUCGCCGGAGCAGUGGCAGCGCAUGUACGGGCGCUGCUCGGGGAACGAGGUCUACCACGUCCGCAUGGGGGACAGCAAGUUCUUCCAGGAGUACGAGGGCAAGAGCUUCACCUACGCCGCCUUCCACGCCCACAAGAAGUACGGCGUGUGCCUCAUCGGCCUGAAGCAGGAGGACAACAAGAGCAUCCUGCUGAACCCGGGGCCCCGGCACAUCCUGGCCGCCUCCGACACCUGCUUCUACAUCAAUAUCACCAAGGAGGAGAACUCGGCCUUCAUCUUCAAGCAGGAGGAAAAGCAGAAGAGGCGGGGCCUGGCGGGGCAGGGGCUGUACGAGGGCUCGGCCCGCCUGCCCGUGCACAGCAUCAUCGCCUCUGUGGGGACCGUGGCCAUGGACCUCCAGAACACCGAGUGCCGGCCGGCCCAGAGCGGCGGGGGUUGCGCGGGCAGCAAGCUGGCGCUCCCCACGGAGAACGGCUCGGGCAGCCGGCGGCCCAGCAUCGCGCCCGUCCUGGAGCUGGCCGACACCUCGGCCCUGCUGCCCUGCGAUCUGUUGAGUGACCAGUCGGAGGACGAGAUGCUGCCGUCGGAGGACGAGGGGCUGUCCAUGGUGGAGUACGUGAGGGGCUAUCCCCCCAACUCGCCUUACAUCGGCAGCUCCCCCACCCUGUGCCACCUUCUGCCCGUGAAGGCCCCCUUCUGCUGCCUGCGGCUGGACAAGGGCUGCAAGCACAACAGCUACGAAGACGCCAAGGCCUACGGCUUCAAGAACAAGCUGAUCAUCGUCUCGGCCGAGACGGCGGGCAACGGGCUCUACAACUUCAUCGUGCCGCUGCGGGCCUACUACCGGCCCCGCAGGGAGCUCAGCCCCAUCGUGCUGCUGCUGGACAACAAGCCCGACCACCACUUCCUGGAGGCCAUCUGCUGCUUCCCCAUGGUCUACUACAUGGAGGGCUCCGUGGACAACCUGGACAGCCUGCUGCAGUCGGGCGUCAUCUACGCCGACAACCUGGUGGUGGUGGACAAGGAGAGCACCAUGAGUGCCGAGGAGGACUACAUGGCCGACGCCAAGACCAUCGUCAACGUGCAGACCAUGUUCCGGCUCUUCCCCAGCCUCAGCAUCACCACGGAGCUCACCCACCCGUCCAACAUGCGGUUCAUGCAGUUUCGCGCCAAGGACAGCUACUCCCUGGCUCUCUCCAAACUGGAAAAGAGGGAGCGGGAAAACGGCUCCAACCUGGCCUUCAUGUUCCGCCUGCCGUUCGCCGCCGGCCGCGUCUUCAGCAUCAGCAUGCUGGACACGCUGCUCUAUCAGGCUGCUGCUCGGCCUGGACACCACGCCGGGCUCCGGCUACCUCUGCGCCAUGAAGAUCACGGAGGAGGACCUGUGGAUCCGGACGUACGGGCGCCUCUUCCAGAAGCUGUGCUCCUCCAGCGCCGAGGUCCCCAUCGGCAUCUACCGCACCGAGAGCCACGUCUUCUCCUCGGAGCCCCACGACCUCAGAGCCCAGUCCCAGAUCUCAGUGAGCGUGGAGGAUGGCGAGGACACGCGGGACGUGAAGGGGUCCUGGGGCGCGCGGGGGGGUACUGGUGGCGGCAGCGCCCACGGCAAGCACGCGGCGGGCGGCGACCCGGCCGAGCACCCGCUCCUGCGGCGCAAGAGCCUGCCGUGGGCGCGGAGGCUGAGCCGCAAGGGCGCCCGGCCCUCGGGGAAGGCGGCGGCCGAGUGGAUCAGCCAGCAGCGGCUCAGCCUGUACCGGCGCUCGGAGCGGCAGGAGCUGUCCGAGCUGGUCAAGAACCGCAUGAAGCACCUGGGGCUGCCCACCACUGGCUACGACGAGAUGAACGACCACCAGAACACCCUCUCCUACGUGCUCAUCAACCCCCCGCCCGACACGCGGCUGGAGCCCAACGACAUCGUGUAUCUCAUCCGCUCCGACCCCUUGGCCCACGUGGCCAGCGGCUCCCAGAGCCAGAAGAGCAGCUGCAGCAACAAGCUGGCCUCCUGCAACCCGGAGACGCGGGACGAGACGCAGCUCUGAGCAGCCAGGGGCCCUGCCCGGCCGAGCCACGGGAUGCACGAGCCUGCGGACUGUCACAGGGCCCCGGGCCGCCCACCCCCCCGGCGCUGCUCCCGAUCUGGACCCGAGGGAGCAGGCCUCGGCCGGGGUGAGGGGCGCAGCGGCCCCGGGCACCACGGGACGCUGGUCGGGAGCCUUUUUAAACCUGUUUUUACGAGUCCACACAAUCCAUGUCCCUUUACACAAAUGCACCGCAACUCGUGACCGUGACCGAGCCGGGCCAAGGUGCAGGGAGGGGCUGGCCUAGACCACCUGGCGGGCGUGUUUCCACGCGGGGCCCCCUCUCCCCCCCUACACGUCCUCUGCCGGCUCAGCUGUGAGGGUCUGGCCCAGAUCGGGCGGCGAGGGGAGCACUUCCCAGAGGAAAUGGGGAGCUUGGCAGAGCCCCUCGCCCAGGCCAGGCGGGCCAGGAGACCCCAGAGGGGCCCCCGCGAUCGGACGCGGACCUUUCGCCUGUUUUUAUGCGGAUCUCCCGCAGCCCUUUUAACCCAAGACCUGAAGCACAACCACCCGGGCCGACUCCUGCCGAGGGAGGGACUCUGGGCGCCUCCGCGGUUCCCCUGUGCCUGUUUGUGCCGGGAUGUGCCCGCUCAGUGCCGGAAGCUUGUAUUAAAUGGACGCGCUCUGCAGACGGGGCGGCGCUGUGACACA